GUAAAUGUAAAAUUUACGCACGCCAGGGAUUUGUUUAUUUUUUGCAAAUUAUUAAAAUUUCAUCGAUUUGCAGAAACACGUCAUAAGCUAUAGAUUCCAUAUCAAUAUCCCAUGAGGAUGGCCUCCAGUGAGCAGCCAAACUAUCCUGAGAGCAGCUACCCUCAGUCUCGGUCUUCUUCCAGUGUUUUCUAUGAAAAUGAGGUAAAGAAAGACAGUGAGAUUAUGCUGAGGGAUGCUGAAGUACAACAAUUACUGCAACAGAACCGGGACGCACAGCAUUCCCAGCAACAGCAACAUCAUCAGCAACAGUUACAGCAGCAUCAGCAACAACAGCUGCUGCUGCAACAGCCUGUGAAGUCAGAACCCAUGCCCUAUGGUGAAGAAAAAAUGACACCAGUCAGCUCUACAUCUGAAAGCAGUCCAAACCGAACUGGUUCCACAAGUUCUUCAACAAAUGACGACAGGAACCGACUAAGUCAGUCAGAUAGGGCACAUAUGUGUAUGACUUGUUUUAAAGGGUUUAGAAAUAAACCACAGUUGACUCAGCAUGAGCUUGUACACAACAAUGUGAGGAAACAUGUGUGUUCAUACUGUGAGAAAUCUUUUAAGCAGAUUUGCCAUUUAAAUCAGCAUAUUAGGGUACAUACAGGUGAGCGGCCCUAUAAGUGUGAUGUAGAGGGAUGUGGACGAUCUUUUGCUCAGCUGUCAAACCUAAAUCAUCAUAAAAAGAACCAUGAAGAAACAGUGCGGCGCGAUGUUUCACGGCAGUUUAGGUGUGAUGUCUGCGAGAGAAGUUAUGCAACAAAGAACAGUCUUAAUACACACAUUCAAAAGCUUCAUUCAAAUCUGAAACGAGAUGACCCCAGUUUCAGACAGUCGUCUGUCUCUACACCGUCGAGAAAAAGAAAACAGAAACAAGAAGACAACAGUUCUGAGCAAGUUGACAAUGAGCCGUGUACUUUCCUGAUGGAAUGUGAUUCAGAAGACGAUGGCCUUCCUACACAGGUCAAGGUCAAAUCGAGGUUUGGACCCAAACCAAACCUAACAGUGAGAAUUGGUACCCCACCAGGAAGUGGAGAAAAGGACAAAAAUAGACAAACGCCGAGAACCACUUUACCACUUCCUUUCACAUCAAACCAAAGUCAGUCAUCACCAAUGUCAUUAUGCUACCAGCAAAGUCAAGUGAAAACAAAAGCAUGACAGGCAGGGAACCAGACUCAAACAUUGAUCACCAAAUCAUCAUAAAGCAUUUUAACAUCAGUGUUUGUAGAUUAGAGCAUGAAUAUAUGUUAUGUAGACUGUAUAAAACAAUAAUUUCGUAUAAAUACUGACAUCAUAUCCAGCUGGUUGGUUUGCAUAGACGUAGAUUUAGAAACAUACUUACUUUGGGAUUGGUGUUAGCAAAUGUUUCAAGUUGUAUUUGUCUGUAACACUUACUAAUGUUUCUAGUACUGCUUUGAAUUGUUUGAUGCUUUGCCCUUGUGUUCUAUAUCAAAAGCAAUAUGUGUUUGUCACAUUUUAUAGAUAUAUGUGAAUAUUACUGAAAAAUUCAAGUUCCAGGUUUUUAGUGAAAGGAGCUAUUUCUAUUUAUAGUGUAAAUAUUUGUUUUCCUAACUCAGUUUUUUGUGUCUCUUGCAUUAUUUAGUUACUCAUAAGUAAUUUUAAUCUUGAUAUGAAAAUAAUCUGUAUUUAUUAGUAACAUUAUGAAAACAAGUAGUUGCAUAUAUGUCUGAUUGUUCUAAAAUAAGGAGUACCCAGAUUUUUUUAUAGUUAAAACAAAGUGCAAUAGGUAAAUUAUGAUUAAAGAAAUGUCACCAAAUACCAAAGAAAUAUCACAUGCAGUAGCUCAGAAUAAUUUUUUCGCUAAAUUCUUAUUACAUUAGACUGAUUGAUUAGACACAAGGCUUGAGACAAAGAUGUGUUUAAACUGAUGUAAAUCUGUACAUGAUAAUACUUUAUAGUUUUUUUUUUGGCAACUGACUCCAGCUUGAUACUUCAAAGUUUUGUCAUACAUAUUUAAACUUCUUAUGUCCAGAACAAAAAUUUAAAAGCCCUUUUUGAUUAAAAAUGUUCAUUGUUUUCUUAAAUCUAUUUCAGUACUUACUAAAUAAGGAAUACUUUAUGUUGUUUUGUAUUAAUGAUUUUAGUAUUGAAGAAUCUUCAUAGCGUCUUUGUAAGGUCCUCUCUCAAAUUUGUUUGAAUGGAGGAACUUGACUGGAGUAUGUUUUUUUAUGCCCCCACUUUGGUUGUGGUGGUGGGGGGGGGGCAUAUAGAAUUGCCCUUGUCUGUCCAUCCUUCCUUCCGAGAAUGUUGUGUCGCGCCUAGCUCCAAAAGUAUUUGACGUAGAGUCACAAAACUUUACAGAAAUGUUGGUCAGCAUGUGUAGUUGUGCACCUGGGGUUUCGCGUUCCGGAUUCAUUCAGUCGUGUAGGAGUUAUGGCCCCUGACUUUGUAAAAAUUGGUCAUUUUAGUGUUGUGUCGCGCCUAGCUCCAAAAGUAUUUGACUUAGACUCACAAAACUUUACAGGAAUGUUGGUCAGCAUGUGUAGUUGUGCACCUGGGGUUUUGCAUCCGGAUUCAUUCAGUCGUGUAGGAGUUAUGGCCCCUGACUUAGUAAAAAAUUGGUCAUUUUAAUGUUGUGUCGCACAUAGCUUCAAAAGUAUUUGACCUAGAGUCACCAAAGUUUACAGGAAUGUUGGUCAGCAUGUGCAGUUGUGCACCUGGGGUUUCGCGUCCGGAUUCAUUCUGUCGUGUAGGAGUUAUGGCCCCUGACUUAGUUAAAAUUUGGUCAUUUUAAUGUUGUGUCGCACGUAGCUCCAAAAGUAUUUGACCUAGAGUCACCAUGGACAGGUGUCUAAAAAUCUCAGGAAAGCAUAUAUGUUUAUAUGUACAUUAUAUAUGGUUUUUUUUUUGCAUUUUUUAUUAAAUAGCAACAUUUUGUUUUCCCAAAGUUGAUCUGUGUCCUUUGUCAUGUAGUGGGGGCAUAUGUGUCUCAUGGACACAUUUCUAGUUUAUACUACACAUGAUUGUUUCCUCUCAUGAUUCAGUGUGUCAUACAUAUAUUAAAAGUCAAAUAGUCAAGCUCGUGUAUGUGACUUUGUUCCAGCAAAAUGUCUAGAAAGCAGUCAUCGUAAGAAUAACCAAAUUUUAUUAAAGUCAGUUAAUAUAUAGCCUUUGGAAGCACUGAACACAGCCAAGCAAAAUAAAAGUACUUCGUCUGUGCAUGAGAGGUUUUGAAAAGUGCAACAGCCCUAAUGCCCCCAAAUCCAGCUUAAGAAUAACUCUUUUAAAAAAAUACAUUGACCAGAUAUAGUAACAGUACUGAGUGCAAGUGUGAUAAUUUAUGGCUGAAUAAGUCAUUAUGCCCCCUUCGAAGAAGGAGGAGUAUAUUGUUUUGCAGAUGUCGGUCGGUCUGUCUGUUGGUCAGUCUGUCGGUAUGUAGACCAGUUGGAACAGUGAAAUGAUUUCCGGAUGUUAACAUGACUCCUAUUGAUUUUGAGGUCAGUAGGUCAAAGGUCAAGGUCAAAAUGACUAGGAACAGUUAAACAGUUUCCGAACAAUAACUUGAGAAUGCUUGGGCCUAGGAUCACGAAACUUGAUAGGGAGGACCAGCAGAUGACCCCUAUUGAUUUUGAGGUCAGUAAGUCAAAGGUCAAGGUCAGAGUGACCCAGAACAGUUAAAUGGUGUCCGGAUGAUAACUCAAGAACGCUUGUGCCUAGGAUCAUGAAACUUGAUAGGGAGGUUGGUCAUGACCAGCAGAUGACCCCUAUUGAUUUUGAGGUCAGUAGGUCAAAGGUCGAGGUCACAUUGACCAGAAUAGUAGAACUUUUGUGUACAUUGACCAAGUAAUUUCUUUUCCUUGUGCAAUUACUGAAUGCAUUAAAGGGGUCAUUUCAUGUUCUGUGAGCUCUUGUUAAUUUUGAAGACUGUUGUUGUGAAACAAAUAUUUUGAUAAAUGAAUUUAUCAGAAUUCUGAAGCUUACGUGGUGUCAGACUAAUGCACAGUGACAAUGAUCAUAUAGCGAUAAAAAAAAGGCUGGAUAAAAUUUUAAUGAUAAGUGAUCUGUUUUACAUAGUAAAUCAUGCUUUUUAUCCAGUGUAAACAGUAAUUUGUUUUCAGUGUUUAAGUUGUUUAAAUCUCGGAUACUGUUAGAUUUUACUGAAUAGAUAUAAAAUAUAUUUUCAUGUUUUCUUGUUCAAGCAAGAUAAACAGAAUAGUCCAGGAUUGAUUAGAGAUCUUUCAACUUGCCUUGAAACUAUUUUUUAUCACCAUUCCUGUCAAUCAUGUUAUCAUCACCAUAAUCAUCAGACACCGACAUUUCUUGAACGUAUUUACAUAUCUUUGUGUUAUAAUUGUACAGAUAUACCAUAAUUCUUAGAUUUUGUAUGACCCAAGCACAGAAUAUUUGCAUGUUCUUUCUAUGCUCCCCAGUGUUGAAGACUUGUGAGGCAUGUAGUGUUUUAACCAUCUGUCUGUCCAUCAUUCCGUCCAUCACACUUUUUUGUGCACUCAACUUCUCUUAUAAUUUCCACCAGUUCCAAAUGAAAUUUUGUAUACAUCAUCAACAUGAAGUUGGCAUGCACAUUUUAUGGACUUCCAUGUUUGAAUAUGUUUGUUUGAACUAUGCUGCUGUUUAUUUUUCAUGGUGAGCUAUUGUUAUCACCAUUCCUCGUCUCUGGUUGGCAUUAACAAUUUUACUAUUAACACUUUAGAGGUCUUAGUUUUGGCGCAAACGUAAUGACUAAUUCUAACUUUUUUGGCCAGUAAUAGAUUUGUAUCACUUUCGUUUUUUACCUGUUAAGAAAUAAUAAUUAACCUUUAGCCUGCUGGUGGCAAGUGAUUCUGCCUUUGCAGCCAGUGGUCUACACUGUUCACUAUUCAGUCAGAAUAUUUUCAGUGAACACCCCUUUGAAUGAUAAAUGGUAAUGCCCAAACUGAAUUAUAGACCAGUCUAUUUUAGAAAUUUUGCAGGGUAAAGGAUAAAGAGACUGUCAGGUUUUUGUGUACAGGUAAAUAUAGCUAUCUGAAGUAAACAAAAUAAGACAAAUGAAGUUUAAUCAUUAAACGAAGUUUAAUCAUUAAACUUCAGUCAAGAACAAAUUAAUUCCCUUAUGUCUAGAAAACACUUUGAGGAUAGGACAGGCAUCUGGUUUCCAGACAGUUUUCUAACAACUGCUUGGCGUUUUGUUAAUGGGUGUUAGACACUCUCUUAUAGUUUUACUCUGUCAAGCAUUUUUAAGGGAAAUAUGCCAUACAAUGUUAACAUCAUUCUUACUUUCUUUAUUUUACACAAAGUCAAAUGUCAUUCUUGCUUACCAGAGGUCUACCAUUUCGUCUAGUGAUUUUGACGAAACUUCGAUUGAUGAGAAUGAUCAAACAUGUAUAUGUGAGCUGUGCCAUGGGAAAACCAACAUAGUGGCUUUGCGACCAGCAUGGAUCCAGACCAGCCUGCGCAUCCGCGCAGUCUGGUCGGGAUCCAUGCUGUUCGCUAACAGUAUCUCUAAUACCAAUAGGCUUUGAAAGCGAACGGCAUGGAUCCUGACCAGACUGCGCGGAUGCGCAGGCUGGUCUGGAUCUAUGCUGGUCGCAAAGCCACUAUGUUGGUUUUCUCAUGGCACGGCUCAUGUGUGUUUUCAACAGCAGUGUAGUCAGAUCUGAUUUUUACUUCAAAUUUAUCCUUACAUAAUAAGAUCUGUAGGUAUUUGCCUAGAUAAGACUUCCUUUCAAAAUUUAAAAUAAUCAAAGAAACAU